UUGUUUUUGUUCCUUGUCACCUUUAAAACACGCCACCUCAAAUUGGGACUAGAAGGAAGCAAUCGAAGCGACAAAAGGUUGCAUUUUCCAACACGUCUAACUAGACGGAACCCUGCCGGAAAAAGGGCGUUUAGUGAAACGAGGCCACUUUUCCUCGUGUUCGUUCCUAAAAUCCCAUUCUCAAAACGAUCGAAUCAGAACGCAGCCUAUUUGCUUUUUUUGCAAAAGAAGGUCCUUUUCAAAAGCAAAAGAAUGCGCGCGCGUGUGUGUGUGUUGCACUGAGCACCGUUUUAUUUUUGGCAACGUGGCAUUUCCUGGUGGAGGUGUGGUAGUGGGUUUGCUAAUUAAAAUUCUUCCAACGUAACCACCAACUCAACGGUUCGUUCUGCAUAACCUGCGCACAAAACACUAGAGAUGCUAUCAAAGCUCGUCGAAGGUUCAGGCACGUUGCUUCUGGCCCUACUUCGGGCAAAGAAUUCACCAUCAAACCGCACUAAACCUAGCUCAUUCGUUUUCGUUGCACGAUUUGACGUAAUGCACCUACGGGAAAAGAAGCGUAAAACAGCAAGGAAACAUAAAUUUCCCAAACACCCAAAACCCUUUCGGCACCCUUGCCGAUACUCUUUGUUUCGUUGCGGCAGAUUGCAGGAGCAGAGAAAUAAAUUACAAAUCAAUAGUAUUUCCAAAAACAUGGAAAACAUGUGGUGGAACACGGCAUGAUGCAUUUUAAGAUAUAGCUUUGGCUAAAACUAUGCAAAAUCAAUAAUAAAUAUAGAACCAAAUAAGCGCAAUAAUUAUCUUGCGAAGCAAUUUUACAGUCUUUUUGAAAUUAUUAUUCCAUUAAUCUAUUAUUCCAUUAAGAUAACGAGAAAAGCCAAUUUUGCCAUUUGGGCUGCAAACGGUUCAUUUGAAAUACAAAACGAGCGCACCUCAGCUAACUACACCUUGGGCGUCUGUUGGUAAACAAACAAGUGAACUGUCAAAUCGACUUCCGAUCGCAACGAGCGAGUGUGCGGUUGCGUGAGCGAUCACGAAUCUUUUAUUUGUGAUAAAUCGAGCUGCUCUUCGCACAGGAACAGCAAACAAUUGUGAAUUUGGAAUGUGAACACGUCAUUUGGUGAAGCGAAGCACGUUGACGAUAAAACCGUACGUUACACGCGUGUGUGUGCGAAAAGGACAAAAUGCCUCACGCUGAUUCAUCAUCGCCGCGCACAGGGGGACGGGUAGAGGAGUGCGGUGGAGAACAUUCGGACGAAAAGGAUGAAGAAACUUCCUCGCCAUCCGGAUGGAAAAACGUUUCUGAAGACAGAAUCGAUGACAGAAACAAUGUAAGCAGCGCCUCGAAUAUAAACAACAGCAGCAGCAGCAGCAGCAUCUAUCACAAUGAAGAAUCUUUUGUCGACAAAAUUCGAUCCAACUUUUCGUGCAUGUUUUCAAAGAUGUUGCCGUUCCGUCUUUCAAAGGACAUCAUUGAAUCGUCGCAUAAUCAGCAGGAAGUGCGAAGACUAUCCCGCAGCCUUGCAACGCAAACGCCAGAAGACCUGGGGCAGGUGGAUCAACAUUCACAGAAUGUGCCCGAGUCGAAUGAGUUGAACAAUAACAAAAGCCUCCCCUGUGAGAUGGCCGCAAAACGGCGCCGACUGUGUGAAAGUGAAGAAAAAGCGUGCAACGUUCCCGAGCCACCGAAGACUUUGGGCCGAUUCAACACGGUGCCGGCUGUUCAAAAUCGUCGCCUUACCGGUUUUCUUGGUAACGCACACUAUCACAAAUGCAUGCAACAGAAACGGCACCAUGGUAAUGUACACAAGCCGCUCUUCGGUAGUUCACAUCUUCAAUCUACCAGGGGGAGAAACGAUUCCUUAGCUUCCUCCCAACGUCCAUCCUUCAAACCGUCCGUUACCGCUGUGGCGAAAUCGCUGACCACUGGUUAUAUUCCGCCAGAGUACGGAGGGUCACCGUUUUACGAAGGGUUCACCCGGUACGGUGGUGCAUCUGCCGCACAAAUGCUGGCCAGGUACGAUCCGAAUUUAACGGCAGUCACCACGCUGAUAAGAAGAAAAAUCCCAACAGAAAACGGAGUGGCCUCCUCUUCCCGUGGCUCGACAGUUCCGUACCCUUCGCAACGAAUACUUGCGAUAGUGGAUAAAUAUGCUACGAACAGGUCGGACCGCACAGCCCAUUCGAAGGCGACACUGCGUAAAUCACCGUCCCCUCCAAUGGUCCAAUCAAUGUGCGUGCAAAAUACGGAACGUUCUCAAGAGACAGUGCAGCAGCCGCAACGAUCACUGCCGCCGAUUGUUCCCUUGAUGGAGUACACGCUCCCGGUACAGCUCGGACUCCAACCUCCGGUACCGAUCAGUCCUAUAGAGCGAAAAAAACAAAGCACACCGACCGGUGGCAAGCAGACAACGAAAAGAACAAGGAUACAUGCUAAACCGGUAAAGGAACCCGAGCUGUCCAAGGUACAGCCGGUCCAGCUCCCAAACGUUCAGCUACCCCCGCUGAUCAAAGGGUUGCCACAGUUUGAUAACAUCGUACCAUUAAAAGGUCGCACACUUCCGGUGGCCGAUAACGUGCAUGAGUUAAAAGCUAACGCAAGCGACAAAGAGAUUAUCGUUCGAAAACAUGAUCGGAAAAAGACGCCAGGGAAAACAGAAAGUAGUACAGCCAGUACACUUCUGCGUGAAAUCAAUACGUUUGUAUUUGCACGACCACAGGUACUCGGAAGCUGGUCACCUCAGCUGCAGGAUGAUUCAUUUUCCGCUGCGACAAAGAAGUUUAAAUUUGCCGAGCCAGAGCCGUUGCAUGAUGAACAACCGCCGGUACGAUCUUUCAAGGACCUGAUGGCUGAUUCCGUCAACAGAUGGGCAUGUGAGGUUUGUAUGGUACGAAACGAACCACACAAGAAAACCUGCGUCGCUUGUAACAGCUCUAUGCCGAAAUCUAAGGAAACGAAACCGAAAGAGUCAAAAUCAUCGAAGGACUCGAGAUCAUUGAAGGAGUCGAAACCGAGAGAAUCUAAAUCGAAGGAGUCGAAACCGAGAGAAUCUAAAUCGAAGGAGUCGAAACCGAGAGAAUCUAAAUCGAAGGAGUCGAAACCGAGAGAAUCUAAAUCGAAGGAGUCGAAAUCAAAAGAUUUGAAGUCUAAGGAGUCGAAAUCAAUAGAGUUGAAAUUGAAGGAGUCGGAAUCAAAAGAGUUGAAAUCGAAGGAAUCGAAACCGAAGGAAUCGAAACCGAAGGAAUCGAAAUCGAAGGAAUUGAAACCAAAGGAGUCGCAACCCAAAGAAUCAAAACCGAAAGAGUCAAAACCGAAGGAACCGAAACCGGAGAAACCGAAACCGGAGGAGUCAAAACCGAAGGAACCGAAACCGGAGGAACCGAAACCGGAGGAGCCGAAACCGGUGGAGGCGAAACAGCACCGCAGCUCGCGGAAUAAAGCUAACACCAGCAAAACUACGUCCAGCGUUACCACAAAUGACAGUGAGCCAUCUAAACGGUGGAAAUGCACGGCCUGCAAAGUGCGUAACGAACCAACCGUAUCGAUCUGUGUUUCCUGUGCCAAGAAGAAGUCAUCCAGCAGUAGCAGGACAGACGAUCGAAAAGAUCGUAGUCACAAGAAAGAAAGCACACCAUCAACUACAGAAAAGACCAAGCCGUAAAUGAGCGAUCAGGGGUGAAAUAUUGCAUUGUAUGGUUGCUGAAUUAUGUUGAAAACGUUUCAGCAGGACCUAAUUCUGAUAUAUGAUAUCUCAAUGUGAAAUACCAAUAUUUAGAACUCGAAAUUCAUUAAGUUUGCCAAGCUGACCGAUUGACGGAUCAGGAUAAUUUUUUUAUUUUAUGAGAGUUUAAAGCAACUAAUUUUGUUACUUGAAAUGUAUCCUUCGCCGAAGUACAAAAGACUUUGGGAUAAGAUAACCAAGCGUUUUCUUUUGAUACGAACUUUUUCUUACAAUCGAUUUACAAUUAAAUGUAUUCAUGAACAUGAAUUGAAUGGAGGGUGUACUACAUCAAUAUUUCUUUAACAUACAAAAUUACGAACUACAUAGAACUACACGAAGCAUUAGGAGAAGGUAACCACGCAAUUCAUGUUGAUAUGAAUUAACUAUUUCUUGCAAUCGAUCUUGCAAAUGAAGGAAAUAACGCAAAUGAAUUGAAUGAAAGAUUUACUAUAUUUUCAACUCAAAAUGUAUGAAUUACAUGUACAACUUUCUGGGACUUUGAGUACACUAAUAAAACGUUCAGAACCUUUUUGCAUUA